AUGGCACAGCUAAAUUGUCCACCGUGUACGCCGUGUGCAUCCGUCUGCAUUGAACAUCAGCCCAUUCAAACGGAAACAUCGGUGGAUAAUCCGUUCCACACACCACGGGAACCUUCAGCGGCAGAUAUUCAAGCGUACCAGGCCGAGUUACAGACGAAUCCCGUCGGAUUGCCGGCCAGCGAGCCGCCUCCAUAUCUACCCCAAAGAGAUGGGAAUUCCGAUGGUUACCCCCUGGCCAAGCCUAUGGAUCCUAUCGGUCCAUGGGCAACGGGUCGCGUGGAUUGGGGUGUGCUGUCCGGACAAACGGGAACACGACCGGUGGUGAAUCAGUACUCCAUCACGCGAUACAGCGUGGAUGAGUGGCGUCAGCGGAAUGCGGACAUGAUAGCCGCUUGCCAGAGUACCGUGGAUCAGAGCGUUCGGGUGGAGAACGCCAGUAAGAAUACGAUCACCCGCACGUAUGCGACGGCAGACAAGACGCAAACCGACUGUACGCAGAGUUUGCACGUGCGUGCAAAGAACGUCGAUGAUUUGAAAUCCGAACUUCACCGUGCGAUUGCUGCCAUGCAGGAAGAAAUCUCAACCAUGGAACGCCAGCGUCGUAGGCUGAAGCAAUCACUCGCCGUGUUGCGUAUGCCGGAGGCUAUUGCAAGCGAAUGUCUUGAACGUCGCACCGGACGUCCUGACACGGAAUUGAUACGCGACCGGCCUGAGGAAGAGCUGAUCCGCGAAAUCAGCCAAAUAGCGGAGAUCAAAGCCAUUCUGCUGAAAACGCUCGCCAACAUCGAGCAGCAGCAGAGCGACAACCGCGCGGUACGUCAGAGGAUGGAGUUCGAUUGGAGCGAGAAGAAGGUUGCCCACGAGAACGAUGCCGUCAAUUGCAAUCUGCGGAACCAGUCCACCAACACGCUCUUUAAGCCAGGGGCGACACGUUGUUCUAAUGAGCAGUCUACGGAAAUUUAUUGGGAAAAGUUUACACGAGAAACGCUCACCAUGUUCAACGACUGCCGCUUGAAGUCUGAACAGUUGCGCAACACACUCGAUGCCAUCCUGACGAACGCUGCCCGUGAUCUUCGGACGCAAGCCGAUUGCGUGGAGCGGGCGUUGGCUACGCGCAUUUCGUGCAUGGAAGAGAUACGUGAAAAACUCGAGAUCGAUCUACGAACGACGUUGCAACGUUUGGCGGACACUGAAAUACAAAUCGGUAAACUGCAAGUGGCAAUACGCAACAUGGAUUAUGGCAUGAUGGUAGUGCAUACUCGACUGGAUAACAGGAACCAGCGUCCGCGGGUCGAAAACUGUCGCGAUCAGCCGCAGGCCCUUCUGAUCGCGGAGGUUAAGUCCCUCGAAGAGGGCACCUCGGCCAUGAAUGCCCUGCUUAAACAGGAAGAAGACGUGAAGCAGGAGUUGGUAAACCGCCGGAACGAGCUGGAGCGCGAGAUAAUGCUCAAGCGACGCACCAUCGCCAUCGACCGGGACCGCUGCCAAUUACUGCGGUCCCACUUUCCUUCGUCAACUGCACUCAGCGGAUACUAA